AUGGCGAAAGUUAUUAGAAGUGAGUUUUCAAUCAAUAAACUUCAAAGAAACUUUGAUUUUUCAGGUCGAUGGGUGUACAGACCGGAAGGAAAGUGGCACAGGUAUUUGCCGCGGAGAAACGACGCCGUCAAGGAGUUCGACUACGUCAAAAGAGGCGCUUCGCUUCAAGACUUUGCAGUUUCCCUUCCCGAAGAAGAGGUUUAACAGAGAAAUGUUCAUAAUCAGCAUUUUAAUACGCUCAGGUUGGUUUAUAGUUCUAAAUGGUUGUAGGUUUAAUGGAGAAAGGAUAGAAAUCAAGAAGCCUCAAAUUUCAGAGAAAAAUUUUUUGAAAAAAUAGAUACUACAAAUGAAGGCUUCUCCAUGGACAUAUGUGAAUUUUAGCGCGAAAAAAAUGUUUUCGAAAAAUCAGAGGAGAAAGAAAUGUUUUAUGUAUUCAUGUUAAGCACUGCAUUAAACUUUUUUUUUUUAUAAUUUCUCAAAUUUGUUGAAAUAAUUGAAAGAACUAUAUCCGUAGGAUCAAUGAAAAACGGAUGAGAUGAUCUUACAUAAAUUUCAGAAUGGACCCAUUAAACGCCUUUCUUUCACCUCUAUCAAUUGUAAAUGUUAUGGUUUUGUUCAAUUUUUUUAAUGUAAACCACUUGGCUACUUAAACUUAACACAAAGUACAGAUUUGUUUUUUUCAGUUUGACUUUAUAUUAUGAUAAUUAUUAAGAAGCCGCAGACACCGCCCAAACUUUGGAUGGCAUGGCUGUACAGAGACCUGGCCGGUGAGCCGAAAUGGACUAAAAAAUACGUUGAAAACCUUUUUGGGGCUGAUUACAAGGUUAAACGAGAGCUCUUCCAACUUUUGAUGAUAUAAAAUAUAAAGGUGGGCCGGAUGGAAGUUUUCCGCAAUUCGGAGCUGAUAAACGAGGAGUUGUGGAAGGUGAAACACCUGAUCGAACUGAGGCCGGUCACUUUUCCCAAAGGAGAGCCGACGGAAGAAGACGUGUACACCACGAGGGUAAGUAUGGGAGAAAUCUUCAAAUAACUCUGAAAUAAUUCAAAAAAGUCCACACCGAAAAGAUGAGUUUUCAAAAACCCUUGUAAAGUUUUUAUUUUUCUGGGAACGUCAAUGAAACCUUUUGCAAUUUUCCCCACAGUUGUGAACCCAAAAAGUUUUUUUAUUUCUGUUCGUUUACAUAAACACCAAGUACUGGAUAUUUUAGCACCAAAAAUACAAUUAUUUUUCCCUGAAAUCUGUUUCAAAACUGUCCAAUAUAAGAAAAGUUUUCCUGUUUCAGCUUUCUCCAGACGGAACCUGCGAAAUCGUCCCGAAUGCCCCAACUCCUUCAGAAGAACAUCUACAACUUUUCGACAAAAGCCGACAAGUUGGAAUUUUGUUCAGAAUCUCCAACAUCAUUUUGCUUGCAGUGGACGAGGCGAGAACUGGGAAGGGACCUCGCCAAAAAGUACCACGGCUAUAAAAAUUUGUUCGAGGCAGACGUUUAUACAAAUUCCAAUAUUAUCGUAGCUAAGUAG